CUGGGUCCGAAUCGUUCGUGGGGUGCAGUUAUUUUUUCCCAUUGGCAAAUGUCUCCAAGUCAAGGCGGCACAGAACCCAAGGCGUUCCUUCCAGAGCGGCUCAUACACUUCCCAAUGCCCCCUGCAUCUGAGCCAAUAAACUCCCUCCUCAUGCUGUCCAGCUAUCUCCCAAUGUCUGAAACCUCAAUCAAUAUCAGCCGUCCCCGCUGUCUCUUCCCCUGGGGCCAAGAACCGGAUCUUUCAAUCUGGUCUCAAGAUUUUUUUUUUUUUGUGAACCAUCUGAGUUAUGGAGACAACUUGUGUUAUUCAAAAAACCCAAAAGAAGCAGAAACUGAGUGAAAAAGAGGACAUUGAUGGGAACAUAAAAGGCUUAGGUAGCUUACCUGAGGAGGUUCUUCGACACAUACUUUCCUUUCUUCCAACAAGAGAUGCUGUUAGAACGAGCGUACUUUCUAAAAGGUGGGAAUACCUGUGGGUUUCUAUUCCCAAUCUAGAUUUUGACAGAUACAUAUAUGAUAAGAGAAAGCUUGUGGAGAGAGAGCUUUUGAUGAAUUUUGUGGACAGGGCACUUUGUCUUCGUGAUUCUUCCUCUGUUAUAAAACGAUUCACUCUCUGUUGUGAUGAACUCGGUGACGGUUUUGAUGUUGUGUAUGAUUCUCGUAUUUAUUCUUGGAUCUCUACAGCGGUAAACCAUAAUGUUCAAGAGUUGAAUCUUGAUAUUAGAUACUUUUCACUGCCUUCUUGCUUGUUUACUUGUAAGACACUGACAAGCUUGUACCUUAAUAUGUGGUGGAAUAUACUCAAGCCUCCCACUACAAUUUGUUUCUCAAAUCUAAAGAUUUUGACUAUCGAAAGGGUUAAAUUUUCGAAUGAGUACUUAACACAGCAGCUAUUUUCUGGCCUGCCAGUCCUUGAAGAGUUGAAAUUAGAAGAUUGCAGCUGGGGGAAUCUCAAGUUUGUGACCAUUUCUGCUCCCAAGCUACAUUCACUGAGCAUAUUCGAAAUGCUAGAUGAUGAUAUUGAGAGAUCUAGUGAUUUGUGUCUGGUUAUGAUUGUUGGAGAUAGUCUAAAAGAAUUUUAUUACAAGGGUCUUAUGUCCGCGGAAUAUUGCUUAUAUAAUUCAUUCUCAGUUGAAAAGGCAGAGAUUGUUACUAAACCUGAAUAUGAUCGUAAACCUAAAAAUAUUGCUCGCUUCUUGUGGAACCUUCUUAUAGGGCUCUCUGGCGUAGAACUCCUAAGACUUUCCUCUGACAUGGUUAAGGUUCUGAGUAAUUCUCCAGAAUUCCUACCUCAUAUGCCUAUGUUCAAUAACCUGAUCGAUUUGAUAAUAGUUGACAAAAGCGUUGAUCUUGACUGUACAGUACUAUUGAAGAUACUGCAAAAAUCUCCGUGUCUUCAGACUUUGAACUUUUCUGAGGGGAUCAGUCUAUCCUUGAAUCGGGAAGAAGAUGAUAUGAUAUUGGACCCGGUGCCACCAUGUUUCUUGUCCCAUCUCAAGUGGAUUAAAGUUGGUAAUUAUUUUGGCAAUGAGAAUGAGCUUUUUGGGGUAAAGAUUUUGCUAGAGAAUGCGGUUGUCUUGGACAAAAUAAUUAUAACUUGCCCAGUUUCUUGUUAUAAGAAAUUUGAGAGGCAAGUGAAGGUAUUUACACAGUUGUUCGAGCACCCUAGAAGGUCGCAAAAUUGUAAAAUCAUUUUGGAAUUUCUGUAAAAAAAGCUAAUUAAAUUUCUUUAUUUUUGGAAAAGGUUAGAGUAU